AUGUCUGCCUCACCAUCAACGGCGUCCAAUGGCAAGAAUAACAUUGCCCACGCCGAUAUCGAGAAGCAACCCACGCAUGAAGGUUUCGUGACUGCUGCUCCAAUCGCUCGCACGUCGCUGGGUGCAGGAUCAGCACUUCCCAUCGGUGUCUUCGCAACGACCUUGACAACACUCUCCCUCAGCUUGAUGGAAUGGAGAGGCGUGACAACGAAUAAUGUGUUUGUAGCGAACUUCUUCUUCGCCGCGGCAUUUGGCUUAGUCGUAACUGCUCAGUGGGAACUUUCCGUGGGAAACGGGUUUUCGUAUACGGUCUUCAGUGCUUUUGGAUUGUUCUACGCCGGGUACGGUGCAAUUCUGACGCCAGCAUUUGGAGUGGUGGCGUCUUAUGGGGAUGAUGUUGAGCAGUUGAACAACGCUUUGGGAUUUUUCAUGAUGCUUUGGACUGUCUUCGCCUUGACGUUUCUAAUAGCAUCGCUGCCAACGAAUCUGGUGUACAUCGGAAUCUUCUUCACAGUCGAAUUCGGCUUUAUGCUAGUCGCCGCAUCUUAUUUUGCAGCAGCUGAUGGACAUGCCGCUGCUUCCGUUUCCCUGAAAAAGGGCGGAGGCGGGUUUUGCUUUGUUUCAGGAAUCAUUGGAUGGUAUUUGACAUUCGCCCUUUUAUUGAAAGACUCCAUCGUGGAAUUUCCGCUAGGCGACACGUCUAGGUACUUCGCGAAGAGUAGAAAGACGCAAUAG